AUGAAUCUAAGGCCGCGUCGUAAGCAGCCGUUGGCUUAUAACACACAACAGUCACGAAUACCGAAUAGUAAUAAUUUGAACUUAGAUACGAACAGCGCAUCCUUUGAAGAUGUUAUGGCAGGUAGACCAAUUGGAUCACAGGCUUUCAUUGAUAAACUUCAACGAAAUGAGUCGCUGGUGAGAGAGCACUCUACGAUGAUUAAGGAUUGGGGCAAUAGCUGGAUUGUUCCUUUCGGUAAAAGACAGACUCAAUUAGACGAGGAGCAUGAUGCAGAGAUAUCUAUCGAGGAAGACUAUAUGGAUGAUGCGGAUGAUGAUGAUGAAGAAGAGCUUAUCGAAGAUGGAUACGAGGAAGGUGACUUAGAUGACGAAAUUGAAGAUGACGAUAUCCCGGAAGAUGUACCUCAAUCUUCUCCACCAGAUCUCGAUCAAAGUAGAGAUUUUGACGUUGAGGAAGUUCAAGACUUGGACGACGAUGUACCCAAUCAAGACAGUUUUGACAUGUAA